AUGCGGUCACCGACCGUGGAAGGAGUGCCAACUCCCCUCCAGAUUGGCUCCCCUAGCAGUAGAAGACCCUCCGAUAUCACAGUCCCUUCUGCUUUGCGCGUUGGCUCCCCGACAACAGGCGGUACCCCGCCGUCCCAUGCUCGGCCUCCCUUACGGCGCAAGAACACGUCGGGCGCCUCCGAUAGGCUUUCGCAACUCUUUCCGUCCCGGCCGUCCUCAGUCGCCUCAAUCGCAUCUCCUAGCAGCACCCCUGCAUCAAGACGACAGUCGGUUCCUUCGCCUCUGCUACCGGCCGCAGAGCCCUCGUACCGCAUACCUCCCGCUCCUGCGCCGCCCUCAUUUCCCCAAGAGACAUCAUACAACCCUGUCGCAUACGUUUUCAGUCAAGAUCACGCUUCACCAUCUUUGAGCCAGAGCAAUAGUAGGACCAAACGGGUCUUGGACCGGAUCGCAUCUUUGCGCAGGGGAACGUCUCAUGGAGGUCAUUACAACCGACUUGAUGAUGAGGAAUCACAACCCGGCAGAAAACGGCUUGUGGGAGUCGAUGAGGGGGGCGAGGCAGUCGGAUAUGAUCUGAGCUCGUUAGGCGGUCUGCCGCUGAAGACAUUCGAGGCGCAAUUGCGGACACAGGACACACGCGAAGGGCAAGAACGCGACAGGGAGAUAGAUGAAGCUAGUCACGCCGCAGAAUUUGAGCGUCUCGAGGCGCAACUCGGAGGUGGGAUGACUUCCGUACUCCAUGUUCCGUUUGAGCACACCCCAGCUGGACCAGUACCAGGCUUCUUUCCAGGUCACCGACGAAUUCUGUCCAGAGCAGAUGUAGUAGACGAGCAGGCCAAAAAAGCACAAGACGAGGCCGAAAAUACUGGCAAAGUCGUUGCUGUUGCAACAGAUGUUCCAGUCGAUAUCAGCGAAUUCACAGGAGUCGCUCGCGACUUCGACUCUAUGAGAAAUCUGACUGCUGAGGCUGGUUUCAUUAGCAGUGGUGCACAGACCAGCUACUUCUUUCCUGAAGAUCCCCAGAUGCCUGCAUGGCGACCCCUCACUAUGAGCUCGUGGUGGAUCCUUAUGCUCGUCAUCCUUGCACUCGCACUCGCUGGCGUACAAGAGUAUCUUUGCCAGAUUUCCUUACGCGAUGUCAAAAAGCAUCCUGACAAAGGCGGGUUGAUGCGUUUCGAGAAAGUUGGCGACCUGACUGUUACGCAGUACUUCACCUGGCAGUACGCUCCCAUCAUCAUUUCAGUCUGUUAUGGCGUCCUCUGGCAAAUGUCGGAUUUCGAGGUGAAACGCCUGGAGCCGUUCUACCAGCUCUCCAAGAAGACCGGCGCAACUGCGGGAGAAUCGCUGAACAUGGACUAUCUGACCUUUUUGAGUUUCUUGGUACCACUGAGAGCACUUCGUCACAGACAAUACGCCGUUAUUUACAGCUCGCUGGGCACAUUGGUUGCUAGUAGUCUUGUGCCUGUCUUGCAGAGUGCCUCCAUGACUAUGUGGCCACCAGAGGAAGACCGUAAGCUUGGCCAGUGGAAGGCUGUGAGAGUCGAACCAGCUUGGUCCCGAGCGCUUUCGGCGUGCCUUUUGAUUGUUGCAGCCUGUGGAGGAGCGCUAGUGUACGCAAUGCAGAGGAAAAGCGGCUUACAGUCGGACCCCAAGGGCAUUGCGGGUAUCGCGGCCAUGGCUACGAAAAGCCAUAUUCUUACGGACUUCAAGGGCCUCGACCAGGCUUCCUUGCCACAGAUACACAAGCAGCUUCGCCAGCGAAGAUACAUCUUGCACAAAAGCUCACUUUGGCAAGGAGAGUACAUAAAGAGCAAGGAAAAGAUCCACGAACAGGGCUCGGAUCCCAGGCCACUGAUGCUUCGUCUCUGGGCCGGUGUCCCCUUCAUUGGCUUUCUCUUCCUGUUCACCUUUGCAGUACCAUUCUUCACAUUCGUCGAGGAGGUGGCUAUAGUCACACAAACGGUACCUUGGAUGAUGACGGGCCUGGCAACCAUCAUCCGUAUACUCUGGAAUACCAUGAACAGCGACGUUCGCAUGCUGCAACCUUUUUACAUCCUUUCUCUUCGACACGCCCCGGCCAAAACGCUUACACUGGACUAUGCUGGUACCAAUCCUCUCUGGUUGCCAUUUGAAGCUUUCUUCAACGGGCAUUACCUUGUCAUGCUCGUCGCCUGGGGAUCUAUUUUUGCCGAGAUCUUAACAGUCUGCGUCACUUCGAUCAGCGUCGAUGGCAAGAAAUUCAUACCCGGAUUCGGCGGUCAAAACCAGGACGACGACCAUGACGGCAAAAUGAGUGACCCAUCUGAUCGCUACAACACUGAGCAGACCUUUCGCAGUUUCUGGUCUAGCUUCACCCUCACCAUGCUCAUCCUGAUCUACCUCAUCGGCAUCGCUCUCCUCACCUAUGCGAAGCGCAGUCGGAAGUUUAUGCCCCGUGAAAUCGGCACCAUGGCCUCCGUCCUCGCGUUCAUCCACCAGUCCAAGAUGCUAUUCAGCUUCAUUGACACGGAAAAGAUGAACUCAAGGGAGAUGACGAAACACCUCGAGAAGAGUGGGAAGACGUACGCGUUGGGCUGGUUCCAAGGCAGAGAUGGCGAAGAUCACUUGGGUAUCGACGAAGAAGAGAUCAGCAGCGCGUACGUCUUUGGCAAGGAUUGGACUGAAGGGCGGCUGAGACCAGGUAGAGAUCUGACGUGGGAGGUUUAUUAG